GUACUUCAUACUUAACAGAUAUAGUAUGGUGGUCUGGCACUAUUGCAAUGGCUCUGGGUCAAAUAGGGAAUUUCUUGGCCUACACUGCAGUCCCAACUGUGCUAGUGACGCCCUUGGGAGCUCUUGGCGUUCCAUUUGGGUCCAUUUUAGCUUCUUACUUACUGAAAGAAAAACUGAACAUUCUUGGCAAGCUGGGGUGUUUACUGAGCUGCGCUGGGUCUGUUGUUCUCAUCAUCCAUUCCCCAAAGUCCGAAAGUGUAACGACUCAGGCUGAGCUUGAAGAGAAGCUUACAAAUCCAGUUUUCGUGGGUUAUCUCUGCAUAGUGCUGCUAAUGCUUCUCCUGCUUAUCUUCUGGAUAGCUCCAGCUCAUGGACCUACUAAUAUCAUGGUUUACAUCAGUAUUUGCUCUCUGUUGGGCAGUUUCACUGUUCCCAGCACAAAAGGCAUUGGGCUGGCUGCUCAAGAUAUCUUUCACAAUAACCCAUCAAGUCAAAGGGCUCUGUACCUCUGUCUGGUACUUCUGGCAGUAUUAGGAUGUAGCAUCAUCAUUCAGUUCAGAUACAUCAAUAAGGCACUGGAGUGUUUCGACUCCUCUGUGUUUGGUGCCAUCUACUACGUUGUGUUUACCACCCUAGUCCUGCUGGCUUCAGCCAUCCUUUUCAGGGAAUGGAGUAAUGUAGGAGUGGUAGAUUUCUUGGGAAUGGCUUGUGGAUUCACCACAGUAUCUAUUGGAAUUGUUCUUAUACAAGUCUUCAAGGAAUUCAACUUCAAUAUCGGGGAUUUAAAUAAACCUAACAUGAAGACAGAUUAA